UUUUGUUGCCUCCAUUUCUCCACGAGGGGGGGUUAAAGGCCCCCAAAAUAUGCAUAUAUGAAAAAGCCAAAAAGUAACCGUCAGUGAUAGGGAGUCUUAACUAGGGAAAGAAACGGAACCAAACUGGGGGGCUCGAUGAAAGCGCGGCCGGCAGCGUCCCGGACGAGGAGAUGUCUUUGGUGGACUUGGGGAAGAGGUUGCUAGAAGCAGCAAGAAAAGGCCAAGAUGAUGAAGUGAGGACAUUGAUGGCAAAUGGCGCUCCCUUCACCACAGACUGGCUUGGAACAUCACCCCUCCACCUUGCAGCCCAGUAUGGUCAUUAUUCCACAGCAGAAGUGCUCCUUCGAGCAGGCGUUAGCAGGGAUGCCCGGACCAAAGUGGACAGGACCCCUUUGCACAUGGCUGCAGCUGAUGGACAUGCGCACAUCGUGGAACUGCUUGUUAGGAAUGGUGCAGAUGUGAAUGCCAAGGACAUGCUGAAGAUGACAGCUUUACAUUGGGCUACAGAACACCACCAUCGAGAUGUUGUAGAGCUACUGCUCAAAUACGGAGCCGAUGUCCAUGCUUUCAGCAAGUUUGAUAAAUCUGCCUUUGACAUAGCCCUGGAGAAAAAGAAUGCCGAAAUUCUGGUCAUCCUUCAGGUCUGGUUCUUUUUAUACACCCAGAAUAUAUUUUGUGACCCCCAUGCCUCCUCAGCACCACACUUGUCAAAUUCCACCACCUCAGUGCUGGCCACCCUUGCAGCUCUUGCUGAGGCAUCAGCCCCCUCGUCCAACUCCCACAGAGCCGCAGCUAAUUCAGAGGAAAUCAUAGAGGGAAAUUCUGUUGACUCAUCAAUCCAGCAAGUGGUGGGGAGCGGAGGCCAGAGGGUCAUCACCAUAGUGACUGAUGGAGUCCCUCUGGGUAAUAUCCAAACUGCAAUCCCUACUGGAAGCAUUGGCCAGCCAUUUAUUGUAACUAUGCAAGAUGGACAGCAAGUUCUAACUGUACCUGCUGGUCAGGUUGCAGAGGAAACUGUAAUUGAAGAAGAGGAAGAAGCAGAGAAGUUGCCUCUGACUAAAAAACCAAGAAUAGAAGAGAUGACAAACAGUGUGGAGGAGAGCAAGGAGGGCACUGAAAGAGAGCUGCUCCAGCAGCAACUCCAGGAGGCCAAUCGAAGAGCUCAGGAAUACCGACACCAGCUCCUAAAGAAAGAACAGGAGGCAGAACAGUACCGUCUCAAGCUAGAGGCCAUGGCCCGACAACAGCCCAAUGGAGUUGAUUUCACCAUGGUUGAAGAGGUGGCGGAGGUAGAUGCUGUAGUAGUUACAGAGGGGGAGAUGGAAGAGAGAGACACAGAAGUGACUGGGGCAGGAGGGACCAUGGAGCCUCAUCCUGGAGUUUCCUUGGAAACUGUUUCAUCUUAAUGUGCAAGGGCCACAACUUGUACUGUGUCCAUCUUUUUCCUCUUUUUAAAAGAAAAUACAGAGGACAGGACAUUGUAUAAAAAUUAAGAAUGUCCUUAAGAAGAAAACUAUAGCAGGGUACAGUGCUUGGGCUCAGGAAGGCUUGCUAUGCAACUGGAAAAUUCAAAGCCAAAUUUAGGGAAUACUUCUUUUGAGGGACCAAAAGAACAAGAACCAAAUUUCUUAGCUCACAUCAUUGCUUUAAGCUUAGAGGUAAAAGAAUGCUGGAUAUUGUGGGUUGAUUGUGUUUUAAAUAACUGACUUUGUAUCAAGAUUUUAAGAUAACAUUCCUAGUAGAGACACACAGAGCCUUUAAUAAGUGUACCGUCAAGUGACCUUAAAAUUUGCCUUAGAUUUAUGACGUGUACCUGGUAGAGAAGAAAACUAACUGGGAGGUGGAUUAGAAGCAAGCUUUUGGGAAGAGAAAGAAAUAAAUUCCACUUGCAAAGGAGCAGGCAUUCCCCUCUAUCCUGAAUUAAUUUCACUGAAAAGAAAUUGAUAGUUGCCUAAUUCUGCAUCCAUUAUGUGUCCAUAAGUUAGAUGCCAGUUUAAGAAACUGAAGUGGAAUAUUUAAAAACUGGAAAGGAAGGAAAACUUGUUUAUGUGGGAGAAGUGUAUGUAAAUCCAAAAUCCUCCAGGCUGUGCUUCCACAAUGCUGGAAAGUGGCCAGAAAGAGGCUUGUGAGGUUAUGAAACAAUCUGGUCUUGAGAUAUAAACUUUGCUCUGGCUGGAUUUUAUAAAAUUGAAAUCAGGAGGAUAGUCUGUUGCUAGAACAACUUGCUUCCAAACAUUUAUUUCUAUAAUGUCAAGCUUUAAUAACAACUUUUUAAUUUUAUAAAAUUUUGUUGAGUUUUCUAAGUGUGCCUUUCUGUGGAGCUUACAUGGUACCCUCUUCAUUGCAAAAAAAGAAGUCGGGGGAGGGGUGAGUCCUGAGGGUGUUGGUGGAGUUUUGUUUCUAUUUGACUUGGGAUGAGCAAAUGGUUCUGUUUCCUUAAGGUUGGGUUUUGUGCAGAGCUUUUGUGCCUUAUAGGUGCUCAGUGUGUGUUGGCAAAGGGAGUGAAAAACUAGAAGUGCCAUAAAGUAAGGAACCAAAAAUUCUGGCUCAGUGACUUCAUCUGCCUGACUUCCUUCCCUACCACUAUGCCUGCUCCCUUUGCCUAGACACUUCUGGAAAGUGUUUUGUUGCUGGGUUUUCUUUGUGCACCAGUUUGGAGUUUUUUUAAAAGAAAGGGGAUAUGGAUGGAGAGAGAGAGGUUGUGGAGAGGUUACAUUACAGAAGUUACUGUCUUUGAAAUUGGGCCCCCAUCUUUCUAGACCUGCUUGCUUGCUUUAUUGUAAAUUAGAAGAAGAAACCAGAGGAUGUGCCAAGUAAACAUUUGAAUGACUGUUUAGAAUACAGUUUUCUUAAUUAGCAAUCAUGGGGAAAACAUACAUUUUUAAUUUGGAAUAAAACUUGACAGUUAACAUGGUUCUAUUUACCUUGAUUAGUGAAGUAAUUUGCUGCAGUUUUCCAGAGGUGCAGAAUCAUGUGGGGCUCAAAAUAGACCUAAAACAACUCGCCAAACCAAAUAUGACAAAUUUGUUAUUAGAGGCUUACAAGCAAAAAUACCAGUUUGAAAUUAAUCUUGGCUAUUGGCCACCUUAACUAGGUUUUCUCCAUGGACUUGAGAGAUUACUCUUGGUUUUGGGGGAUGACGAGAAGCCUAGGUAAGGGCUAGGGUGAAAUUGUGCCAUCUGCUGUCAAAUUGUCCUUUUUCAGCUUGCCAUGUUUUUCUUUUUUCUGAGUCCCUUUGUGAACCAGGUGCUAACAAUAAGCUGCUAUUAUGUGCCAUUUCAGAGCCUUAGCUUAACUAUAGAGAUAGAGGGACCAAGUGUCAUUUUAGAUGUGUUUGGUUUAUGUUCUUUGUGUAUAUAUUGACUUCAAUUCCUUUUUUUUCCCCCCUUGCCUGUUAAGGGGGUGGAGGUUAACUCUGCAGAGGAUAUCCAGGCCCAGCCACCUCUCUCUCUGGGGUAGCUUCUGACUAGGGGCAGGAGUUGCCAUCCAGCACUCCCUGCUGAGCAUACAGAGUCCCUACUGUUUUGGGGAACUGUUCAGAAAUUAUUAUUAUUCUCUUUCUGUAGGAGGCUGUCAUUCUCACCUAGAAAAAUCUCUAAUACAGUCCAAGUCAUUUUUGAUGAUGGAGUCUCUGAGAUAGGGAGUUGGGUUAGGGAAAGAGAACAGAGAAAUGUCUGGAAAGGGAAGAGUACCAAAAAGGUAUUUGUUGUUAUUUACUUGAAAUACCUUUUAGCAUCCCAGAGAAGGGAAAUAGGAUUUGAUCCCCAGUUGUUUAUUUUUUAAAAAAUUUUUUAUUUUUUAAUUUUUUGACAGAGAGAGACAGCGAGAGAGGGAACACA